AUGUAUGAUAGUAAAUAUUCUGCAUUCAAACAAAUUGAUGAACCUUGGAUUGCAUUACUUGUCUUAGGAAUUCUUAUAUUUUUUUUAUCAAUUGUUGCUAUUAUUGUCUUAUGUCUUCUUUGGCGUCGUUAUCAACAUCGUAUACAAUCUAAAAAUAAUUUAAAUAAUAAAUCCAAUGGAAUUCGACAAAUACCAGUGCACAUUGAUAAUCGUCAAUCGAAAAGUUAUGAAACACAAAAAAUGGAAGUAUUCGUACCACAAAGUAUACAAGACACAACUGAACAAGAUUUAGGUGAAAUUCAUGCACGAUUUACACCUCAACAUGGUAUUCAACGAAUGCAUCAAUUUUAUCCAAGAACGGCGAAAGCUUAUUAUUAA